GUUUUCUCCAUUCGCGAAGGCAGGCAGGACCAAACCCUCGCCCCUCUCUCUCUCUCUCUGUCUGCCCCUCUUUCAUUUCCAUUUUCUCCCGGGUUUCUGUCGCCUGGGUUCGCCGGAAUCCGGUUGGUUUCCGGCGCCUCCCUUCAUGCAAUCCCGUUUCCAACCUGCGUUAUUGGUCCGGGAUCUCGCCGGAACAGUGAUAACCUGAUCUGCUUGAAGUUUCAUGGCGUCCGCCCUUCUCGUGAGCCGUAAUGAGCCUCACUGGGGAGAACGCAAAGUUUAUAUGAGAAAGAACCCUAACAAACCCUCGUUCGACGCCCGUGGUGUCGUUCCUUUUCCGGCCGCCGCUGCUGGGAUCGGGGCUUCCGGUGCUAUAGACGGCCUUCGCCCUGAUCUGGGACGAGCCACCUCCGAUGACUCCUCGUCGCUCAAUAGAAAGUCCGUUAGCCUCAAUCACAGAGAGGUUAUGCCCUCCGGCGGUGGAGGCGACCCAUUUUCUCGCGCUUCUUUUGUUUCCUUCGACGUUGCCUCGUUAUCCAGGCGCGGGCUGAAGGAACUCCGCGACCAGUUGAUCGAGGAGCUUGCGCAGGUCAGGGACAUGCUCAGCCGGAUUGAUUCACGUGAGCAUUCCUCCAGAUCUGGCUAUGGCACCGCACAGUUUUCUGGUGGUUAUAGGGAGCUGGCUCCUACGGUGCCCCCAGCCCCGCCAUCACGGCCGCCUCCCCUGAAUCUUGAGGUUCUUGAUCAGCCAAUAGAUGGUGGGGUGAAGGAGAAAAGAACGCCAAAAGCGAACCAGUUCUACCGUUCGUCAGACUUCAUUACUGGGAAAUCGAAGAUUCAGCAUGUGGAAGGCAAGAAAACCGCCGGAAACAAGCGUCCGUUGCCAACAACUCCCAAUGCCGCAUCAAAGAGGGCGUUCCCUCCGGAUCUGAUGGCUGACAAAUUUCUUGGGCAGAUCAUGAAGCGUUGUGGCCAGAUCCUGUCCAAAUUGAUGAAGCACAAACAUGGAUGGGUGUUCAAUGUUCCGGUGGAUGUCGUGGGGAUGGGUCUUCACGAUUACAACACCAUAAUCAAGCGUCCUAUGGAUCUGGGCACGGUAAAGAAGAAGCUCGGGUGUAACCAGUACGCCUCGCCGCUCGAUUUCGCAUCUGACGUGCGCCUCACCUUUAACAAUGCGCUCCUUUAUAACCCUAAGGGUCAUGACGUGAAUACGAUGGCUGAUCAGCUCCUCACUUACUUUGAACAAAUGUGGGGUCCUGCAUACGGGAAAUAUGAAGAAGAACGGCAUUUUGCUGAGGAGGAAACCCCCAGGAGCUCUUAUCACGAAGAACGGCUGGUGCCUGUGAAGCGGGUAACUCCCGCACCAAACGCCGGCCUGUGGUCUGGACACAUUCAGGCGCAGCAGACUCGGCUAACGCAGCCUGCUGAGAUGCCAGCAGCCGCUAUGGCGAAAAGCCAGUCGCCGUCAACGGCCCCUGCUGCAAAGCCAAAGAGUGGACAAACAUCAGCAGGAGGAAGGUCGCAUUCCAGCAAGCAGCCGAAGCCUAAGGCCAAAGAUCCGAACAAGAGGGAAAUGAGUUUUGAGGAGAAGCAAAAAUUGAGCACCAACUUGCAAAAUCUCCCGCAGGAGAAGAUGGACCAAGUGGUUCAGAUCAUCAGGAGGCGGAACCAGAACCUCGCCCAGCAUGGCGACGAGAUCGAGGUAGACAUUGAUGUUGUGGACACAGAAACGCUUUGGGAGCUUGAUCGUUUCGUUUGCAACUGCAAGAAGGCUCUUAGUAAGAUGAAGCGAAUGGCUCUCAUGCAGCAGCAGCGGAAUGCUACGGCAUCGGAGCAGGUGGCAGAAGUAGCUGAUUCCGCAGCUGCAAAGAAGAAAGGUGAACAAGGAGAGGAAGAUGUUGACAUUUGUGAUGACAUGCCUUCUACAAAUUUCCCGCCCGUUGAGAUCGAUAAAGAUGAGAAGGACGCUGGUUAUGCCAGUGACUCCAGCAGCUCCAGUAGCUCCAGCAGUGACUCAUCAUCUUCAAGCGAUUCAGAUUCAGGGAGUUCAUCGGGCAGCGACUCUGAAGCAGAUGAUGCUCGGUCUCCGUUCACCGGCCCGAAAUCCCCGUCCAGAAGCUGAGAUGAGAGCCGUAGGGGGAUGGCGAUCGUGUCCCACCGAUCAUGAACUCAGAGGGAACACACCUACACAGUACUUGGGAAGGAUGCAAGAAAGUUUGCGGAGGAAUUAAUAGGGCUAGAGUAGAUCGGCCGGUGCUUUGUACCAUAUGUAAAGCCAAAAGGAAACAGAGCAAAGUAGUCGUAGGGCGUAGCGUUAGGAAGUGCAGAAAAUUUUGGUGGCUCUCUGAUUGUGUAUUGUGAAGGAGAAGGCACCAAGGUGACUGGCUUUUCUUUUUUAUUUUCUUUUGGUUCUUUUUGCCUUCCCUUAACCCUUUUUUUUGUUGUUUUCCACACGUCUUGGGAUGUUCUUUUGUAUCAUAUCAUGUUCAGACUCGGCGCAAUUUCUUAAGAAUUUUUUUUACUUCAA